UAACGGCCACCGCAACCGUCGCAUACUCGUCUCUGGGCUCUCGCGACGCGUUAGUCUGUACUCGAGUCAGUUCGAUAGUAAAAUCGCCGUUAGUCGCCGCCGCAUUCAAGGUACCCCAAGGGUCACUCUUUUCGUGAGGUCACAACAAAACUCCGCGCGAGCAACAUGAGGGAGAUCGUCCACAUCCAGGCCGGCCAGUGCGGUAACCAAAUUGGAGCGAAGUUUUGGGAAAUCAUAAGCGACGAGCAUGGCAUUGACCCGACCGGCACCUACCACGGUGACUCCGAUCUCCAGCUGGAGAGAAUCAACGUCUACUACAAUGAGGCGUCCGGCGGCAAAUAUGUGCCGCGUGCCAUCCUCGUCGAUCUGGAACCCGGUACCAUGGACUCCGUGCGCUCGGGACCGUUCGGCCAGAUCUUCAGACCGGACAACUUCGUGUUCGGUCAGAGCGGCGCUGGCAAUAACUGGGCCAAGGGCCAUUACACCGAGGGCGCCGAGCUGGUGGAUUCUGUCCUCGAUGUCGUAAGAAAAGAGGCCGAGAGCUGUGACUGCCUGCAAGGAUUCCAGCUCACGCACUCCCUGGGCGGUGGUACCGGCUCCGGUAUGGGUACCCUGCUCAUCUCGAAAAUUCGCGAGGAAUACCCGGACAGAAUCAUGAACACGUAUUCCGUCGUGCCGUCGCCCAAGGUGUCCGAUACAGUCGUCGAACCGUAUAACGCCACUCUCUCCGUACACCAGCUCGUCGAGAACACCGAUGAGACCUACUGUAUCGACAACGAGGCCCUUUAUGAUAUCUGCUUCCGCACCCUGAAACUGUCGACGCCGACGUACGGCGAUCUAAACCAUCUCGUCUCCCUCACGAUGUCCGGUGUAACGACCUGUCUGAGGUUCCCCGGACAAUUGAAUGCCGAUCUUAGGAAACUUGCCGUAAACAUGGUGCCCUUCCCCCGUCUCCACUUCUUUAUGCCUGGCUUCGCGCCUCUCACAUCUCGCGGCAGCCAACAAUACAGAGCGCUCUCCGUACCGGAGCUCACCCAACAGAUGUUCGACGCCAAGAACAUGAUGGCAGCGUGCGAUCCUAGGCACGGCAGGUACCUCACAGUCGCCGCCAUCUUCCGCGGUAGGAUGUCGAUGAAGGAGGUCGACGAGCAAAUGCUCAACAUUCAGAACAAGAACAGCUCGUACUUCGUCGAGUGGAUACCGAACAACGUCAAGACCGCCGUGUGCGAUAUCCCGCCGCGCGGUCUCAAGAUGUCCGCCACGUUCAUUGGCAACUCCACCGCCAUCCAGGAACUGUUCAAGCGCAUCUCUGAACAGUUCACUGCCAUGUUCAGGAGAAAGGCUUUCCUUCACUGGUACACCGGCGAGGGCAUGGACGAGAUGGAAUUCACUGAGGCCGAAUCGAACAUGAACGACUUGGUGUCCGAGUACCAGCAGUAUCAGGAGGCUACCGCGGACGAGGACGCAGAAUUCGACGAGGAGCAGGAAGCUGAGGUCGACGAGAACUAAGAAAAAAAAAAUAUAUAUCCCGCGACGGAAGCGACACUCUCCCUAUUCUCUCUCUCUCUUUCUCUCGACCGAGCGAUAACGCAAAACACCCUUCACCCAUGCUUCUUAACUCGUGUUAUCUCUCUCUUUUGUAUCUUUUUUUACGGACUUCUGUUUCGAACUUUCGCGGAGCGCGCGCGCGUUUUUCGUUGCUGCCUGUCAAUAUUGCACCUAGUGCGAUAAUUCGAAGAAUGAUUUAUUAUUUUUGAUUGUGUCUUUCUACAAGAUUACUUUCGAUUACUAAUUCUCGCGCGCCCCUAUCAUCAUCCACUGUACAACCGCCGAGAGCGGCCGCUACAUAUUUGAAUAAAUUAUUAUCAUAUGAAUCUGUCGUCACUCGCACUACCCUGAUUAUUACACAGACCUCUAGACUAGUGCUAUUGAGUUUUGUAUUUUCGGAGAUUUCGUAUAUAUUUAUAUUCGUCUGUUGUCAUACGCAAUUUUAUACCAUGAUAAAAUAGGUGUGAAUAAAGAUCCAUGAAAUAUA